GCAGUUAAUUAUUUAGAAACUAAUCUUGAUUGAAUUGAAUCGAGAGAGAAGGGAAGGCAGAUAGAUAUAAUCCGUACGUAUCUCAAUUCUGAAAAGAUAGAUAGUAGCUGGCAUCAUCAUGCCGCGGAACUAUUCCUUGGGGAGAGCUGCAGAUGAGGCGAGUCACCCGGAUUCCGUGCGCGCCACCCUCUCCGAAUUCCUCUCAACUUUUCUUUUUGUCUUCGUUGGAGAAGGAGCCGUUCUGUCUAUCGCGAAGUUGUACCCGGGGGCGGAUGAAGGAAGAUUGUUGGGUGGCGGGGCGUCGGGGCUGACAGUGCUGGCUCUGGCUCAGGCGCUGGCUCUGUUUGCAGCGGUGGCAGCGUCCAUCAAUGUGUCGGGGGGGCACGUGAACCCGGCCGUGACUUUGGGCGCACUGGUGUGCGGGAGAGUGUCCUUCCUCCGCGCGCUCUAUUACUUGGUGGCUCAACUUUUGGGUGCAGUUGUGGCUUCACUUGUGCUCAGGAUCGCCACCGAUGGCCUGAGGCCCGCAGGGUUCGCUUUAGCGCACGGAGAGGGCUGGGGGAGUGCGCUGCUGCUUGAGAUCAUCAUGACGUUCGGGCUCAUGUACACCGUCUACGCCACCGCGCUCGACCCCAACCAGAAGCUGCUGCACCCGGCCGGGGCUUCUGCCGCCCCUCUCGCCAUCGCUUUCGUGGUGGGGGCCAAUGUUUUUGUGGGAGGACCCUUCACCGGGGCAUGCAUGAACCCGGCCAGAGCAUUUGGGCCGGCUUUGGUGGGAUGGAGAUGGAGCCACCACUGGAUCUACUGGCUGGGCCCCUUCAUCGGGGCUGCCUUGGCUGCCCUUAUCUACGAGUUCGGCAUCGUACAACGCCACACUCAUCCCGAUCCUCAUCACCAGCCUCUUGCUCCUGCAGCUGCAGCCGAAGACUACUAGCUACCCUACACUCCCGCUCCAUCAACUCCACCGCCCUCUAUUAACGCCACCUUCCCCUUCUCCUAUCUACUGUAUAUUUUAUCGCUUACAUAUAUAUUUUUAGCUUGAUGCAUUGUACACUUUGCAUGUUAAUUAUCCUUCGACAAAUAAUAAUAAUAAUAAUCAUGAUUGUAAUAAUACUAGAUAAAGCAAGAAAUAUUAGAUAAAAA